AAUAGAAAGAUUACGGAGCAUGUGAAAAUGGAGCAGUUUGUAGAUAAAUGCCGAUUGUGCUUGGAUGUGGUCGGAGGUCCAAUGGUGGAGCGAGUUGAGAAUCUCCCCGAAGUGUUUCUGUUUUCGAUCGCUCUCACAACCGACGACCCAUCGUGGCCAGUGAACGUGUGCCGUCGCUGCUUUUCGCUGGUGGAUAAUUUCUACAAAUUUUCCAACAUUGUGCACCAAAAUCAAGAACGCCUUCGCACGGUAGCGGAAGCCGGAACCGUGCCGGAAGCUACCGUGAAGCUACAGCAGCUGGUGGUGGAGGUAAAGUUAGAAUCGCCACCGGAACAGGAAAGUGAGCUCGGUGAGGAGAGUGUAACGAUAAAAGUGGAAGAGCACGAUGGUCCUGGCAUGGAAGAAAUUCUCACCGAAGAAGUGGUCCAAAACGAUGAUGCCGACAGUAGUGCGUCGGAGGAGGCGUGUAGUCUGGAUGAUCGGCAACCGGAAAGUGGUGAAGAAGAAUCCGCCACAUCCAUCCGCAGCACCGGCAAUUGGCAGAAGCACCGGAAAAAGGUUGAACGUGAUCGCAAGGGGAUGGAACAGGAGAACAAACUCAUUGCCGAGUACUUUCGCUUCUCUUGCGAACUGUGUCACCAAACGGCCGAAAACUUUAUCCUGCUAAAACGGCACUACCGAACGGAACACGAUCGAGCCGGGUUUGUGCGGUGCUGUGAGCGGAAGCUUUUCAAACGCUGCAACCUGUUGGAGCACGUAAAGGUGCACCUGAACCCGUCCCUGUUUUCUUGCGAAGUGUGCGGCAAGUCCUAUCGCUCGAAGGAGUACCUGCAGAGGCACCAACAGGAAUCGCACGACCCGACGCUGGAGCGAAAGUACAAGUGUACGGAAUGCAGUCACAGUUUUCUGCGCAAACAUCUGCUCACCGCUCACCUGGCCCGCCACGUGAAGGUACAGUGUACCGAGUGUGACCGCGUGCUGUCCAGUAAGGCGGCGCUGGGAAUCCAUAUGCUUAAAAUUCACGGCAACACGGGCGGUCAGAUAUGUGACAUCUGCGGUCGCGAGUUUCGGACGAAAACAUCGUUCGACAAGCACAUCCGGAAGCAUAAUGCGGCGUACGUACCGGAACGCUUUCCGUGCAAGUUCUGCGACAAGAAGCUCAUGUCCAAGGUGGGCUUGAAGAAGCACGUACUCGCCAAGCACACGACAUUCGACGAGGAGUUCAUCUGCACCGAGUGCGGCAGCCGAUAUCCGCACAAGCUGGCCCUCGACAACCACAAGCGGAAGGUGCACAUCGAGGAGAAGUAUGAGUGUGAGUUUUGUGGCCGUCGCUUCAAGAACACCGUAAGUCUGCGCGAACAUCGGGCCAUACACACCGGCGAGGAGCUGUAUAGCUGCGAGUACUGCUCGGCCACCUUCAAGUCCAAGUCCAACAUGUAUGCCCACAAGAAAAAGGUUCACCAUAAGGAGUGGGCCGCUGCCAAGAUGCAGAAGGCCCUGGCAACGUAACGGACCUGCCGCUUACGAUCUCCUAAAGAGCCACUCAUGUCUCCAUUUAGUUGUUAAAUCUAUUGUGUAAAGUGGAAAACUGCAGCUCGUUACCAUGGAGAAACACCUCCGUCCCAUCGACAUAACUUAUUUCGAAGGUUAUUUGAUUUUUUGAGUACCG